CAGUAAACUACAUUUCCUAGGGUGCAAAGAGCAUCCGGGUUAUUGUGAACGUCAUAUUCAUGCGACCCGAGUCUUUCCUGUAGCAUGAAACGAUCACAACAAAUAGUCCAAAUAAAUUGAAUAAACCCUCAAAUUCAUUUUAAACUUUAAAUAUUGUAAUUUUUUUGUAUUUUUUAUUUUCAUUACAUUUGUGAAAGAUGUCUGGAAAGGCCAAAGAUAUCCUACAAAUGGAUUUGUAUGGCUUACUCGGUAUCGAGAGUUCUGCCACAACGAAAGAGAUUAAAAAAGCUUACAGACAGAAGGCCUUGACUUGUCAUCCGGAUAAAAAUCCAGACAACCCAAAAGCAGCUGAAUUAUUCCACCAGUUAUCCCAGGCUCUUGAAGUUUUAGCUGAUGCUGCUGCAAGGGCUGCUUAUGACAAAGUCUGUGCUGCCAAGAAACAAGCAGAAGAAAGAAACAGGAAACUAGAUGAUAAGAGGAAGAAAAUUAAACUUGACUUGGAGGCCAGAGAACGACGAGCAGAAGCCCAGAGCCAGGAGGAGGUGCAGGUUACCAGAACCCUAGAAGAAGAGAUUGCCCGGUUAAGAGAGGAAGGAUCCCGACAGCUCGAGGAGGAACAGAGGCUCAUCAGAGAGCAGAUUCAGAGGGAGCGAGAAGAACAUCGACAAACUGGAGACUACUCUCAGAGAAAUUCGGGAGUGAAAACUGGCGCAACCCCCAAACUGAAGCUGAAGUGGAAGUGUAAAAAAGAUGACGAGAUGAACGGGGGCUACUCUCACGACAUUCUUUUUAAACUGCUACAAAAGUACGGGGAUGUUUUGAAUCUCAUUGUGUCGAGUAAGAAAAAGGGGAGCGCCGUGGUGGAGUUUGCAUCCGUAAGAGCAGCUGAGCUGGCUUUAAGCAAUGAAAGUGGCUUGAGUGGGAACCCCAUAAAGAUUUCAUGGCUGGAAGGGAAACCUGAGCCAGUCGCCUCAGCAUCUCCAUCCGGCCAGUUUCUGUCCUCACAGGGCUCGCUUUCGAACGAGCGCGACUAUGAGAGCGUAGUGAUGAUGAGGAUGAGGCAGGCUGCAGAGCGCCAGAGGCUCAUUGAACAGAUGCAGAGGGAAGAUGAGGAUGAAGCUGCCGGGUCCUAGCAGCAGAAGAUCCAGCGGCUUUACCGAACCAUAACCUGUUUCAGACUUUAGUUUCAUAAAGUUCCUGAAAGAUUUUCUGUGCAUUAUUUGAAUGUUAGACGCCAUGUGGCAAAAUAAACCUUUUUUAAAACAAAAA